UCUAUGAACUUGAUUACUGGAGUUCAAAUCAGUUAAAACACAACCUAGAUGUGAUGCAUGUUGAGAAGAAUGUGUGCGACAACAUGCUUGGGACUUUGUUAGAUAAUGAUAAAUCUAAGGACACCACUAACGCAAGACAUGAUUUAAAGAAUAUGGGGGUUAGGAAAUCGUUGUGGAUUUACGAGGAUGCCAAUAAAAGGUUAAUGAAACCGCAUGCUCCAUACGUGUUCACUUUUGAACAGAGGCGAGAUUUCUGUCAAUUUUUGAAAGGAGUGAAGUUGCCCGAUGGUUUUUGUUCUAAUCUAAAGAAAAAAGUCACAGACAAUGACUCAAACAUUGUUGGGUUGAAGUCCCAUGAUUGUCAUGUGAUAAUGCAACGAUUACUUGCAGUAGGUGUUCACAAGUUUUUGCCAGAAUCUAUAUCCACUACCAUCACUGAAUUGUGUAAUUUUUUCAAACAAUUGUGCUCUAGGACACUGAACGUUUCUGAUAUGGAGAAAGCUAAGGAUGACUUGAUUGUUAUUUUAUGCAAGAUGGAGUUGAUUUUCCCUCCAGCAUUCUUUGAUAUAAUGAUCCAUCUGGUUUUGCACUUGCCUGAUGAAGCAAUAUUGGGAGGACCUGUAUUUAUGAGGUGGAUGUAUCCUUUUGAAAGAUACAUGAAAAAAUUAAAAAACUAUGUCAGGAAUAAAGCUCGUCCUGAAGGAUCUAUAGCAGAAGGAUAUGUUGCAGAUGAGGCUUUGACAUUUUGUUCAAUGUAUUUCAAAGGUGUGGAAACAAAAUUUAAUCAGCCUGAUCGUAACGAAGAUGCACCGUAUGUGAAUCGACACCUCACAGUGUUUGAAUCUCAAUGUCGUCCUCUUAGUAAGGGAAUUCUCGUGCCCCUCGAUGAAAAUACUCGGAAUAAAGCUGAGUGGUUCAUAUUGGAUAAUUCUCCAGAAACUGAAGUGUAUUUAGAGGAACACCUAAUUGAGGUGCAACAAAGAGAUAUGGCUGCCAAUCAUAAAUUGAUACAUAAGAAAGAGUUUCGUUCAUGGUUUCAUAAGAAGAUAUAUGACUUGCACCAACUUGGGUCAUUAGAGCAUGCUGAUGAAUUACUAGCUUUAGCAUCUGGGUCAGAUCUAUUGGCUUACUCCUACCAAGCAUGUAUAGUGAACGGAGUUUGAUUUGUCUCAUACAAUCGAGAUCAGAAUCGAAUUACACAAAAUAGUGGAGUGUG